CAAUCGGCUGGAAUUCAAUGAUAUCAAUUGGCUACAAAUUACCUCAAUUAAAUAACGGAGAAUAGAAAUUGUAAAUCAUUAAAUUGAACUAGAUUAAUUUACGUGAAAUAUCCAGUCUAUCACAGGACAAAAAUUUAUUCCAUGUCAUCAUCGUGAAAAUAAUUGAUAUUCAUACAACGAAAGACGCGAAAACACUGGCCCAGAAAUCGAAAUCACUAGAAAAUUUGUCUGUUAGGCCUUUUCGGAAGUGAUGGAUAAUCGAGAUAAGCGAGAGGAAGUUUAUGUACUAGCUCGUAUACUUAUUCGGUGUUUAGUUUGACAUUUUUAUUUGGGUUUGUGUCACAAACUCCUGAAAUACUGCUAAAAACAUAUGACGUAUAAGAACGAGAUAUAAUUCAAGGAGAAAACUCGUAGAAAUCAAGUUUUAGAAUAAAAAAAUGUCAGUUUCUACAUAAAAUAUUAACUCGCAAUAAGACGUUCCCGGUGAGACGUUUGGAAGAUAGAUUUUGAUAAUAUCUGCGUCUAAGCUCUUGUUUUGCCUUGUCUAGGUCACUUUAAGAUAAUGUUUCGACACAAGUUUACAUUUUGUGUAGACAUUAGGCAACCUUUUUGAUAUCUGGAAGAUGACAACAGCAAGUGUGUAGCACUAUGGAGUGGGCACGUGGUGCAGCGCGCGAAUUUGUGCCGUAUAUGAAAUCCAUGGGGUUGAGUUUGAUCGAUAUUGUAUGGAAGAGUUCUCAAGUUUGUGCUGCCAUGAGACACCGGCUUUCCUCACGUCACCAAGGAAAGUGUCGUGAGGAAGACCGAAAGUGAAAAUGGCAACGAUUCGAGCAGAUUCGAUAGAUCCAAAAAAAAUGAGGAAAGGGAUGGAAAAAACUCCUCCUCCUGUCUGCAGAGACUAUCUAGAUAUGGAUACAGACGAGGAAGAAUUUGGACGUCAAGAAACCCCUGAACCAGACGAGGAACUCCCCCCAGAGCCAGAAAAACCAGUUUUCACUGACGAUGAGUUGGAAACCCUUGUGCAGUAUGUGAAGGACUUGACAAUAAUUUCGUCCCAUACAGAAUUCAUUUGGCCAUUGGAAACCAUAGAACGAAUUCAAGAAUAUUUUUGCAAACCUGGAAAUACCAUAUUGACAAUUUUUGUCGAAGCAACGGAGUGCAAAGCUCUCCUAGAUUUUCCUCUUCAAGCUGAUCAGGGUUUAACUUAUUUCUUAAGAUCUCCUUGGCAGGUUUACACCCCUGAAAAUUUCAUGUCGACGGUGAUUUUUGGAAAUCUCAGUGGUGAUAUUGAAAAUUCGAUGCUAAAAUUUUUAGAAAUUAUGUAUUCACCAAUUGCUGUACAUAGUUCCACGUGGCCUGAAGUUAUGAGGGAUGAAAUUUUCUCGAACUUGAAUCAGUUCCUCAUGAAAUUAACGGAUGCUACGUAUGGUCCUAUGGGCUUGACGAUUCUCUAUGUUCCACGAGAAGGAAUACCGGAUAAUGAAUCUAAGUCUCUUGUUUGGACGGAGGAAAAUCAAGAGGGAUUUUUGGAGAGAUUGGAGAGAGUCGCUCGAUACUGGAUAAAGCAAAUAAGGGGCGCAUUAGAAGGAACGGAUUUACCAGCGCGUUCAACUUACGGAACUAUCAUGGAUGAAAUAGAAUUCUGGAAUUACCGAUUUGAAAAUUUGAGUUGUCUUCAUCACCAGCUCAACGAUAGCUCGAUUUUGACAAUAGUGAAGGCAUUGAGAGAAGCUGAUUCUUCAAGCGUGCAACAGUUUCACCCAUUAACAACUCAAGUUCAUGAACUAGUUGCUGAAGCGAGUUCGAAUGUCAUGUAUUUGAAUUUAUUCGUUGACAGUUGUGUGGAUUUCGAAGUUCCCAAUGGCAUUGGGGCAUACGCUGCGAGAAUAUUGCACCAGAUUCGUUUCGUCGGCUCAGAUUCGACAUUCUACACAAGCGUAGAUAAAAUCGAUAGAUUAUGUCGUGCCCUAGGCACUCAAAUAAUCGAGCAAUGCAAGAACUACGUCAAUUUAGAUACAAUUCUGGAAGGUGAUGCAAGCGAAGGGAAGAAAAUGCUUGAGGAUUCCAUUAAUUGUUGCCAAGAAUUUCUCCAGAUAUUCGAAGGACUAUCCCAGAUGGACGCGCGGUCAGAAGUCCGAGUUAUUUCGAAAAUAGACAAAACAACAUCAUUUUGUCAUGUCAAUAUUUUUAUCCAAAGGUGCCAAGAUCUGAUCGAAUUUUCUGACGCGAGAUUUGUCUAUGACACAUGCGAGGAAGUGAAGAUGAUCGGUGGAGCCAGAGGAUUGGAACACGAAUUGCAGUAUAAAAUAAUCGAAGAGUCCUUCUCGGAUAUCCUGAAAGAAGUGAAAGAAAUUCGUGAUUUUAUUUUAGAUGUCACGACAAAUAUGUGGUUGGACCGCAUAGUAUCACUUGGUGAACGGAUUCAGAAUAUAGAUAACAUGGUGAAAAAUCUGAUUCACGAAAUAUUCAAAGACGUUCAGAAUAUCGAGGAGGGCAUAGAAGCAUUAUACGCCAUGAAGAGGUUUGCUACGAGGAGAAAUUUGCAAAAGACCAUUCGUAGCUAUUGGAUGUUUGUGUGGAAAAUUUUUGAAAGCGAGUUGAAAAGCAUUCACAUUCAAAAGAAAAACAUUUUUGAUGAUGCAGCGGGCACUCCGAAUGCCGAGGCCGCGAUGCUGCUCAGAAUUCAGGCCGAUUACCUGUCAAAUCAUUUCGAUAUUAUGAUUAAUGCAUCUGAUUGGUUGGGAGACAGCAAUGUUCAAGAGCGUAUAAUCAAAGAAUAUAAACAGAUCCAAAGUUCCAUUACCGAAAAAGAAAAUGCUUUCUUUUCACUCUGGGAAAAAGGUAUUCAAUCAGACGUGGAAAUUCGAAAUAUUUUGAAAGAACCUGUUCUUAUAUUCCUGAAACCACCCAACGAAAUAUUUCUCACGGUAAAUAUGGACGAAUCCUAUCUCCAAAAUAUGCGAGAAAUAAUAGAAUGGAAAUAUCUGAAAUACGACGCAAAAUCGAUGAAUUCGAAGUUUCUCCAGAAAUGGCAGCCAAUUAAAUCGAGACAUGUAAAAAUUCAAUAUUUAUGUGGCCUAUAUAACUCGAUUGUAAAACGUCUCCAAAAAGAGGAACGACUGUUAUUAGAAAAUGCUAUAAAUGAAGUCAAGAAUUCGAUUACUCUCGGCCUGCCGAAGUGCACAUGGGCUGUGGAGAAUAUCGAUAAGAUUUAUGCUGAGUGGUUGAAGAAUAUUCUUCUAUUAAGGGACGUCGUAGAAGUCUUUAAAUCGACCAACGCUCACAUUCACUCUUCAUGUGAAGAUAUAGCGAAAUUUCUGCUUAUCAAAGGCACUGACAACGUUUCCUACACUCUCGAACAGUUCAAAGAAUAUUUGGAAUCAAUCAGGAGUGAAAAUUUAUCUUUAAUGAAAGAAUCAAGCAAUUCGAUACUUUCCGAUUUAUAUUUGUUACACCGUAAAGCGAAAUAUGGAGAAACCACUCCGCGACAUUGGACGAUAUAUGUCAGUCAAGUUAUCGAAAUUUUCAAGAAAUCUCUCAUUAAAAAUAUUAAGGGAUCUCUAGCGUCUUCACUAAAAUUCUUACGAACAGCCUCUCCGACUAAUUCGGAGCCUCUGUUUCACAUAGACAUUAGACUCUCUGAUAAUAAUUUAGUAAUAUUCACUCCUGAUUUCGUGGAAGUCGGUGCUGCUUUGAGUGCAAUCAUUCCGAUGAUCACUGAAGAUAUUUAUUCAACAGACGAAUUUCUUAGGAUUCUUAAAUUUGGCGUGCGCUCGAGAGAGAAUGACGAUUUUAUCUGUUCGGAUAGCGGUGUAGGCGAUUUAAUGAGUAUCAUGGAACAAGAGAUAAAGUCUGGAUUAAAACAACUCGAAGAAUUCAAAAGGUCAAUUUCAACAAUGGAGCGUUUGUCCAAAAUCGAUGAUAUUGUAAAAGCUUUUGGGCAGGAGAAUGUGCACAAAGAACGGGAACCAAUGGAAUCUGCGAUUCGUUGGUGUGAUGAAAUCCGCGAAAUGGCAAAUGCCUUGGACAAUGAAAUUAGGAUCAGUUUCGUAUCAUUAAAUACCCAGAAUCUGAAAAUGCGAGUAUUAACACAGUGUGAAAGCAUAAAAGACGCGCUUUUCGUUGAAUUAAGUAGGUUUAUUGCUUCCGAGCUUGCUUUACAGCGAAUGCCCGUACAGAACGACGAUAACAUCUGAGUAAUGAAUUUGUAAUAAAAAAUAAUCACAUGUAGAUGAUAACAAAAUACCAUACACCUAUUUAUACCUAAUUUCCAAUUUUUUUCACAUCUCAAUAUAUAGUCAUAAAAUUUCUGAUUCAACUUACAACUAUGUCAUGGAAACAUCAAAAACUCUGGACAAAAAACAUCGAGAGUAUCGAUACUUUGGCAUAUUGCACGACAAAAGACGGCCUCUAUCGUCUCAUGUUAUUGUAAUUCGUUUUCACCUUUGGCACAUCGAAGACUCUGCAUUACGACAGUUGCAAAAAAAAUCUCAGGAACAAUAAAAUGAAAUAAAACUUCAAAAAAUCUGCUUCUCGAUUUCCAUCGUAAUCACAAUAAGAGCAAGAACAUGAAUGUCCAAAGAACAAUUGUUUGAAAAACCUGUUCGAGUUUUGCCCAUAAUAAAUAAACCUUUCAAUUUCCACUUGCCAAUCCAUUUUGUCUAGAGACAAUCAUAAACACGGGGCUAUCAUGUUCUUGACCAAUUAGUUCCCUGUCAGAGGCGGUUGAAUCCUCACUGCCAGAGUCACCUGCUCGAACAGCUCGCGUUGGUAACAAAAAUACCACCGAAAAUGCAAUAAUCAUAUGCCAUAAACUAUGAAUGUACUGGUAGUUUGCUUCAGUCUCAACCACCGAGAAUAAAAUGAGCCCAGUACUGGCCAAUAAUAGUCCAAUCGAUAACCUAAAAACUCCAUCUGGUAAUUUCCAAACUUUGGACUUAUAACAUCGAUAAGAAUGAACACCAAUGGGUAUCAUAGCACCAAUAGUGAGAGGUACUAAAAUACUGAUCAAGCUUGUUCGAUCAGCUUCAACGCCAAAUGAAAUAAUAAGUACCCCGACCAUAUGGCAAACGGAAAUAAAGUGUAUUGGUAACUGUGCCAUUGCAAUGAGUGUCACCCAGAAUGCAAGUAUACUACUGAAGAAAUCACAAAAUUGCAGAACUUGAUAUUUGGCAAUGCAGUAAGUCAUAAAUUUUUGAUCGCAGGCGUGAUAGAGCGAUGAAAAUAACAUCGUAGCUAGGUAAACUAGAGCUUCGGUGUACAGUCUCCGUUUAACUGCUAAAUAAAUAGCUGGUAUAAAACAGAAAUUACUGAGUAUGAGCAUGAAGGAUGACAAUACUAGAGACGGCUGUUGGUAUGCAUUAGUCGAGUCUGUACAGCCCCAGCCUUUGUAACCACCGAAACAGUUGCACGUUGUGAAGUGAAUAAAGUUACGAUGAAUCUCUUCACAGACACCGUGAUGACCACACGGAUGAGACCCCGGGAAGACACAUUGGUGAGUUCUUAUGUCGAGAGACACUAGGAUUUCUCCCACCUCACAGUUUGUCGGGUUCCCAUCAAUGAAACAUCUGGCUUGGAGUCCGAUGUACCACGUGUCCGGUUGUGGAUACGGUAUCAACAAAUUUCCAUCGUGUUUCCCAUUGGUUUCAAGUCUCAUCAUCAUCUUGUCAUCAUCACAGAAUAUCUCUCCUUUCUUUCUCCAUGGCACUCGUCCCCUUCUCACGCACACAAAAACGACCACUGUUUGCUUCAUGAAUGCACUAUCAAUCUCCAAGUGGAUGCCAAUCGUAAGUGAUCCACCAAUGUCAAUCAGUGGAAGAAUAUCGAAUUGAGCUAUGACUGGACUGGCGUCAGUCAGCAUAAUCCAUGGAGUCAGCCAUUCCCUCCCUUGGAGCAAGAAAACACCCGAAAAUGUCGGGAGCUGUUUUACACGUAUUAAUUGAAACCGUCGAGCACAUGAAUCACUUGUUAGAUUCUCUGCGUCUUCGAAUGGUAUCAAAUUUUUGGAAAAUCCUGGCGAAUUAUAUUCUAGGCUCGUGUUGAAGCUGGACGCCCACUGACGGGUUAAGGUACUUUCAGUAAUUUGUACUGGACAUUCUGAAAAAAUACAAUUAAUGAAGCACGAGAAUGAGAAAUAAUUAAAUAUUGAUUUCCAAUGAAUAAUUACAACUCACCCGAAACCGAAACUUUGAUAUUAAAAUCAACUAUACUAUUAGAAACCACCAGUAUAUAAUAAUAACUAUCUUCAAACGGUGUAACUUCUUCAAAAGUAUAACUUCCAUUAACAGCGAGGUUUAGGGAGGAUUUCGUGUGAUCGAUAACAGGGAGAGCACGUCCCUGGAUCGCCACAUCCUUGAUACAAGAGUCAGAAGUGAUGUUGCCCAAUCGUAA